CGCGAGAACAGUCAUACCCAUUACUACGCUGUUAGUGAUAUUGUGCAGUGAUAAAUAUACGCGAUUUGUCUAAUUUAAGAACUCAGAGAAGGAAGAAAAUGUAUCAUUUAGUUUACCGAGGAGCGCUCAGCACAGAAUCAACAACUACACUCUCGUUAACACCCAACUAUGGCCGAACCCGUGACUACCAGUCUUAUGGAGGAGUUGGAGAGUGAAUAUUGCCCUCGUUUAGACCCGGCACUUUUCGCAGCGAUUGCGAGCGAUUUUAAUUUGGACGAUAACCCGAGCGGCAUUGCCGAGUUACGUGCUACCUUAGAUUUUGUGGCUGCGCAAUCAAGCUGUGAUUCCGACCCGUACGGAACAGGUGAAAGAGAUGUGUUUGAGGAAGAUGGCGUCGUCUCGGAGCCAAGUGUUCCUCCCUCGCAGAAGACUCUGCAGUCAUCCGAGACGAAUCCUACAAGCCUAGAGUCGAGUCCUUGGAGCGUGGAGAACGAGGAGCCAGCCGGCAAGCAGAAUCAAACCAAGGCUAAGUCCUACAAUCCAGGUCCAGCGCCAUUCCUCUCACAGAAAGGGGCCGCGUUUUCUGGGUUUGAUCUCGAGGAGAAGCAAGAAUAUUUGAAGGAAAUGUUUCCCUCCAUUGCCCAAUAUACGAUUUCUCAUACCCUGGGUAAAUGCAAUGGUGACAUUGACCGAUCGAUGGACGUACUGCUGAAUCUGGCAUUCUUUGAAGACAGCAGCCGCAGCAACAACGGCCAUAAAGACGCGGGCGCGGACGCGGAUGACGGUCAAAUAUCUAUUCCCAAGGGCAUCGAGGGGUUUGAUGGUCCCAUAAGCCAUAAAAAGGGUCGAAAAAGAGGAAAGGGUAAAGGUAAACAGUCCAAGACGAAACAAUUAUUAGAGCAAUCGAUCUCUGCGUGCGCCGAAGAUGACUUAAAUCCAAAUAAAGUAGACAAUAGAUGGGACAAUGGCAAGAAAGAUGUGGACUUUAUCUGUUCUAGAACUUACCUAUCAACUCAGGCAUCGAGCUCGGCCUAUCACUUGAACGCUGCACAUCUCCCAACGACAAUUCACUACCUGGCGAAGAAAGAAAUUGAGAAGCAUCCGCAAGUAAUGGAGGAUGCGGUUACUAUUCAGCAAGUAGCAGAACUCCGCGAAGAUUUUUCCACGGUUUCCCCUGAGAAGCUAGGCGGUUUGCUUCGACUCGCGCGGAAUUCCAUUUCUGCAGCAAACGAGCUUGCAAGGGUGAUGAUUGCAGAGCCAGAAGCGCCUUUAAUCGAAGCCACAACACCACGGGCGAUAUUGCCACCAAAUUUAACGCAGACGGGUUUCACUCCCGUUCGGAAGACUAAGAAAGUGGUCUCCCCUUUAUUAGGUACCGGAAGUGCUGCGGCAAGUCUUGGCGCAAGUCGCGCCCUUGCCAACCAUCAUCGACGUGCCGGGGAAAUAGCCUUCAAUAAAGCCCACGCAGCGUACCGUCGUGGUAAAUCGGACCACCUCAUGGGUGGUGCUGCCGGGUAUUACUCUUCUGUCGGUCGGGAGCACAUCGAAAUCGCCAAGCGAGAAACCUCAGCUGCGGCAGAUGCCCUUGUAGAUUCACAGUCAACGGGUAAUGUGUUGGAUUUACAUGGCGUCAGUGUGCAGGAUGGAGUGCGCAUUGCAUGCGAGCGUGUGGAAGCCUGGUGGGAGUCUCUUGGAGACGCAAGGUAUGCGCCUGGCGGAGGAGGACCAGUUCGCGAGGGUUAUAAGAUCAUCACCGGCCUGGGAAGACACAGCAGAAAUGGCACCGCGAGACUUGGACCAGCCGUCGCUAGAAGAUUGGCGAAGGACGGGUGGAGAGUGGAAGUCGGACAAGGACAGUUAACGGUGGCAGGGCUGGUUAGACACCGAUGAACCUGACGUUACGUCUUUCUUGGCCCUUUUCUUCCUGGGGGAGAUUUGUUUAACUUAUUUAUGGGAGUUUAUUUCCAUACCUGAUUCCCCAUUUAGUUACAUGUUGAGCGUUGUAUACGGAGUACGGAUGCGGACGCAAGAUAUGUUUUUGAUUGUCGGAUAUUGGCCGCAUGUUCGGCGUUUUGAGUAGAGACGUGCCCAU